AUGGCGGACAACGACGGGUCGGACAUGGAAGACAUCUUUGCAGAGAUGGGUCUAGAGGCAGAUCUUUUCGGACACCUUCAUGCUGAAGAUGCGAGCCCGGAGAAGGACAAAGACAAGGACAAGUCCAAGCCGUCCAAGUCGAAGCCCUCGGAAGCUGCUGAUGGUGCAAAUGGCGUCGGCCAGAUCUUUGACAAUUCCGAGCUUCCUGCCGCGUCGGUUCGAUCUGGGAGGUCGAGCGCUGGCAGCAAAAGAAAGCGGGAUGAGGACGCUUUGUCCACAUCGGAUGGUGAGGAUGACGAGCCCGUGGGCAGCACUGUGCAAGAGCGUGUCAACCGCUUGUUGGAGGCGGAGGACGAGAAUGGCGACAUGGUGACGAUCGCUUGGAACAUGUACAAGAUCAUCAUGAUCGAGACCCUUCGAGUUCGUGUGCCGCACAGUGAUGCUUGCAGGCUUUGUUGCGAAACCCAUCUUCGCAGCUAUGCAUCUUUCAGUUGGUCCGACCUGGUCGCCAAGGUGAAGGCGCUGCCAUCUGCGAUGACCGAGUUCAUGUUUGCACGGUCCUUGGUGGAGGAUCCUGGAAAGUUCAAGCCGUUCCGGGACGAGGAAGUGCGUGUGAUCACCCGCACGGGCUGCAGAUUGGAGUCCAGCUGCUUUUUCAUAACCUUGGAGCAGUUGAAGACAGAGUGGCACAUCGAUGCUGAAUCGGAGCCGGCUUUCGCUGCACGUGUCAUAGUCGUGAAGGACGAGUACGGCUUCCCGUGCAAAGGAAUCCCGGUUGCAGACCCCAUGAGCAAGCUCCGCAGGCUGCACAACUACUGCAUUACGGAAACCGUGCAUGAGGACAGCUGA